AUGUGUACACCAUGGCUCGAAGCUUUCCCACGAACUGUCAAGCCUAUCCUCGAAGAAAUCGAUGCGACGCUCAAUCUCCCCCUUACAAAGACGAUCGAAUCCGGGACGAAUGCCGAACUCACACACACCGAGAACGCGCAGCCCGCCAUCAUGGCAACGUCGAUUAUGAUCUUGAGAGUCAUGGAGCAAGAAUUCGGCUUCAACACCGCUGAGCGCGUGGACAUCACACUAGGCCACUCCUUGGGCGAGUUCGCGGCAUUGGUAGCAGGCGGCUAUCUCACAUUCCAAGAUGCGCUCAAGAUGGUGCGGCGGCGCGCAGAAGUCAUGAGCAAAUGCAGCGCCGACGCUGUCGAGCAGGAAGGCGGCGAAUUCGGCAUGGUAGCACUCGUUUGCGAGUCGGAACAACACAUGCAGUCCCUUGUCACCGGCGUGCGCGAAUUCCUCGAAAUCUCGGGCCCGGGGUCGAAAAGCGACUCGGCGGAACAUCUCCCGGCCGUGCAGCAAGUCGCAAUCGCGAACCUCAAUUCGAAAAAUCAGAUCGUGCUGAGUGGGAGCAUAGCGAGGAUCAACACCCUCUUGGCGAAUUUGAGGCAAUUUGGUGGACACGACCCACGACACGUACGAUUGAAGAGCGACUCGCCGUUCCACAGCCCGCUCAUGAAGCCAGCGCAGGAGAUUAUGCACAAGAUUCUACACAAGGAGAGGCAGGAUGGGAGCGACAUAAUAACAUGGCCCGGCGUCAUGCCAUGCAUAUCCAACGUCAGCGGGAAGCCAUUCGAGGACAAAGAACAGCUGAAGAACCUGCUCGCAAGAAGCUGUGUCGAGACGGUGCAGUGGUGGAAGAGUGUCAAGUACUUACACGAGGUGGAGAAGGUUCGGAGAUAUGUUGGUAUUGGACCUGGCAAGGUCGGGAGAAACUUGGUCGGCAAAGAAGUGGGCAUGAAGGGCGCAGUCAAGGGAGGCGGAGUUUGGGGCAUCACGAGCCCGAAGGAAAUGGAGGAGGUAGUCAGAGCUUUGGAGGAGACAGAGAACGUCGAGGAGGAAUAG